AUGUUCUUUGGUCACCUCAGGUCUGUCACCCAGUUACAAAGGUCUUAUGUGGUUGUUUUGGUCUCCCCACUUGAUGAAGCAUAUGGAUCCUUCCUCCCUGCUCCCUGCAAUGUCUUUGUUCCAAUCUUGUCCAUCACUCUCCCUGUCCCAGGAUGGCUAGAUAUUGCUGAGGCCAAGGAUCUGGCCACAGAAUGGACUGAGCAGCAGCCACCAUGGGAUGUUCAAUCAGUAACCACAGAAAAGAAAGGCCAACAAUGUCCCAAGGAGUUUGCUAAGGAAAUGUGGAAGUGGUGUGGGGCAAUGGUGGUAGUGAUGGUGGCAUGGGAAGAUGUCAAUGGAGAGGUCAUAAUUGGAGUCCAUGAUUUCAAUGAUGAAUUGAGUCAUGGCAAGUUAUUUCAGGGCUUGGAGGACUGCAGGGACAAAUUUGUCAAGUAUGCAAGGACAGCAUUUGGGAGUGGUGGCACAGAUGAUGAAUCAGUAGACAAUGAUGCCACUCCACAGCUGCAGCAGCAAAAGAAACCAGCAAAGGACGAAGUCAACCUGCUGCUCAGCAAGGAUGGUACACCAAACAUUCCCAACAUAUUGGACAUGCAGGUGCUGAGGUUGAAAGAUAUCAUGCAUACAUUUGUCACAUUGCACUACCGGAAGGUGUGCAGCAAUUCAGAGGCAACUGUGCCAUGGAGUGCAAUAGCAACCAACAUGAACAUUUACAUUGCACCCAAGUUCCUUCCCCCAGAUGUUCCAUUCAAAGAACCAACUCAACUAACACAGGGUGAGUUGACAGCAAUCUUGGAGUGGUGGCAGGAGUGGAAGAUGCAGCAUCCUGACAAUAUAUUUGCAUUCAAGAGGUGGAGAGAUUCCAGUGCUAAAGACAUCCCAGACCCAGCAGGGGGAUGGCAUGGCAAACAGCUGGCCAAUUGA